CGCACACGAGGCUGCACAUCUUCAGUCUUUUCUGCAAUCACACUGCUUCACCUCUACUAAGUGAAAAUGGGGAAAAUUAAUGGAUGCCUCAAGUGCAUUUUUAUCUUCUUCAAUGCACUGUUUAUGGCCAUGGGAGGUUUCCUGAUUUACUUGGCAAAAAAUGCCACUGCCAUCAGCUUCCAGGUCCCAUCAUCUGAUAUGCCAAGUUUGGUCUGGCUGUGGGUUUUUGCCAUCGGCAUCCUCGGUGUCUCCGCCCUGGGAAUCUAUGCGGCCCGCUCCGAGAAAGUCCUCGCCCUCAAAACAUUUGCAGGUUUCAUGGGGAUUGGAAUGAUCAUCAUGAUGAUCAUUGGCAUCAUUGAAGCUGUCCAAAGAAACCAGAUGAAGACUGCCUUCUCAGAUCCCUCGAGUGACCAAGUGCAGACCUUGACGACAGAACCACAUAUGAAAGAGAUGCUUAAUAAAAUACAAUCAGAUCUCAAAUGCUGUGGAAUAGUGAGUGCUGAGGACUGGGGUAAUGAAAUUCCUUACUCCUGUGGAUGCAGUUCUUCAACAGGACAUGGAGGAUAUGACACAUCUGCAUGCACAUCCAAGCCUCAGGGAACCAGUGGCCCAUCUCAAAUCUAUGCACAGUCCUGUGGUGAGUUAAUCUUUUCGGAGGCAGACUUCUUCAUGAAGAUCGGUCUGGGAUUCUGCUUUGGAUUUGCUGUUACAGCACUGCUGGGCCUGAUUAUUACCCUCUUCAUGAUCCAUCAAGUCAAAGCUAAUGACACCGGAGUAUCCAUUGCCAUGAGGAGCUACUGAAGGGAACGGCACACGUCCAAGUCCUGUGACCUUUAAACUUUAUACUAGGUUAGGGUGUAACAAGAGGACUCAGCGGUGCGCGUGUGAUCUCCUUUUUUUUUUUUUUUAAUGUUGCUUUAGAAGAAAAAGUGAAACUAAAAAGGAAAGUUUGUGCCUUUAGAGCGGGAGGGAAGCAGGA